AUGCAAAAAGAUAUGACAAGAGUGGGAUUCGAACCCACGCCAUCAAACGAUGAUCAGGAAGCUGUGAAGCUGAAUAUUAAGGUUGACCUUAACCUGACGCCUUGGACCAACUCGGCCAUCUUGCCUAGUGAUGUGGAAGAAGCUCGCUACUUUGCCAUCAUCAAGAAUAGCGCAAUUUGUAAGGCAAAACCUCCGAUGACCGAGCCAUACCUGUAUUCCUGUACUGUAACUAACGGUAUCAUUCGGGCCCCACCAGCUUCCACGGGCCGUCAUCGAACAGCCUCGGUUCAUCGUGAGCCCCGGCAGUUCCAAGCCUCCGAAUCUGGGGAAUAA